AGGCUAACAAAGGCUUGAUUAUACAGUUUUGUAAUCAGCCAGCAAAACGUCGUGUUAAGGUUCUAAUGGAGGAUGGAUAUGUGGCGGACAGUGUGUUUAUUUUUUAUUAUAAAUUCUACGGGAGGCUUCACAACUAAGAAAGCAGAGCUAGAAUGUGAGUUCCCGCCGAAACUGGAAGAAGAUCUGACGCACGCGAGACGCAAGCGACUGACCACAGAGACUGGACUGGUGUGCAUAGAGGACUAUCCUUACACGGCGUCAGUUCGGCUCCACGGGAAGCACUGGUGCGGCGGCGCGAUCGUCGCCGGCCAGUGGGUACUCACAGCGGCUCAGUGCUUCGACUAUGUUUCAAGAGAGGAGGUUACGGUUCGCGUCGGUUCAGUGUUCCGGGACUUUGGCGGCAAGAUCCUGUCAGUAGUUGACAUUAGGCGACACCCGGACUAUAGAACUGACCAGUACUAUCCUGAACAUAACCUGGCGUUGGUGAAACUAAACACCGUGAUAAUAUUCAACAACCGCAUCCAAGCUGUGUCCCUCGCGGAGAACAACGUGGCGUUAUCGGGGGCGGGAGAGACCGUGGUCACUGGAUUUGGCUCUGUGCUGACCGGUCAGAUACGCGAAGGGGAGAACCAGGAGCUCCGACGGAUGAUAGUGCGGAUGAUUCCCCAGAGCAGCUGCCGGGUGCUCUACGGGAAUGAUUACCAGCUGCAGCACGACCACAUGUGCUUGCAGAGUAUUGUCAAUGGCGUGGCGCUGUGUGCUGGAGACACAGGUGACCCAGCGGUUUUUUUCGACGGUGUGUCAAGAGCCGGAACGCUGUAUGGCAUCGCAUUGUUCUCGGGCACAGAAGAAUGUUCACUGAAGUCUAAGCCUGGAGUGUUUGCAAAGGUAUCAUUUAGUCGAACCUGGAUUGAUCAAAUUUUGACGAAAUCUGAAAAUAAUGAAAAUGAAAGUGUUGAUAGCGGAGAAAAUGCCAUUCCUGUGGAUUUGAUAUGAAUAUUAUAUUCAUUAUUUCUUUCUUUUACUAUCAAUUCCGACAAGGUUGAAUUGACCUUUUUAAAAUUUCCAUUAACAUUUCUUUUAAUUUAUUGAAGUUUGUUAGGUACCUAUUAGUUAACCUGACAGAAUUAGUUCUCCUUCUCAUAUGUACCUAAACUAAGGUAAACAAAGCAACAAAGUUAAAAAUUUAUCAUUGUACCAAUUACGUAAGUACCACUGCCUCAAGGAUACUCCGACAAUGGGAUUGGACGAUGAAUGGUUUAGGUACCUACUGAACAGUUUCAAUUUAGGGGUCUUCAUAUUUGAGCGCCAAAUGCUAUACAAUUAGUUUACUGGGAAAUUAAAAAAAAAGAAUUCUGUUAGAGACUGAUAUAUGAUCUGCAAUUUGAGCGUUUAAAGCUUUUGUAAAACGUAAAAUACCAUGUAAUUAAAAUUAUU